AGCUUAAAUAGGUCAUCUAUAUAUACAGGGAUAGACAAGUAUAUCGGAACACCAUGUUCGGUACUAUACUGGUAACACUAACAUGUUUCGCCAUUUGUCUAGUUCUGUACGUUUUUAACACGUACCGACGGAACCUAAGAAUACCGGAAUGGAACCAACACUACGUGCUGGUCACGGGAUGUGACUCGGGGUUUGGACGCCUUUUAGCCAAACAGCUGGACAAGGCUGGGGUGCAUGUUUUUGCCGGAUGCCUUAACAAGAAAGCCGAACUAGGACUCAAACAGAAAUGCUCCAAAAGAUUAAAACCUGUGUCUCUAGAUGUGACGAGUGGAAAGUCGAUUGCGGAAGCAGUGGAGUAUAUCACAAAUACCAUCCCUCAAGGUCAAGGACUCGGAGGCGUUGUGAACAAUGCAGGGAUAUUUCCUAUAUCGGCCCCGCUUGAGUGGCUCACCAAAGAGGAUUACGACCGGACCUUUGCCGUCAACCUUCACGGUGUCAUCAGCGUCACCACGGCGUGUCUUCCUCUGCUCCGUGCAGGGUCCGGUAGGGUGGUCACCUUGUCCAGUGAUGCUGCUUUAUUUGCCUGGCCAGGGGGCUGCGCAUACAACAUAAGCAAGUGGGGUGUUGAAGCAUUCACAGACACAUUCAGACGAGAGUUCUAUAAUACUGACAUGUCAGCCCAUCUGGUACAACCCGGGGCCUUCCAGACAUCAAUCGUUGUACCUCAGAUCAUGGCGAAACAGUUUCGAGACCGGUUUGUCAGCCUCCCUGAAUACAUCAGCAAGCACUACGGAAGUACAUUUUUCAAUCACUGGAGACAGAACAUACUGAACUUGCCAGACAUCCAAGACACGGACUUGUCGAAGGUCACGGAUGCCAUAACGCAUGCGCUGUUUGCCAUGUAUCCGCACGCACGGUACCGAGUCGGAAACGAUUGCCGAUUUAUGUGGUGGCCCCUGUCCAUGGCCCCAGUAUGGUUCUCGGAUUGGCUGUAUAGCUUGCCACGUACUGAUUUGAAAUAAAUAUUAAACUUUUUGUAAUUGUAUGUUUUAUUCCCAAUUAAAAAAGAAAC